AUGCGGCUUGGACUGUUGGUGGUGGUCCUCACUCUGAGCUGGAUGCAUCUUGCUGGCAGCAGCCGAGGGUUGAAGGGGAAGAGGCAGAGGCGGAUCAGCACAGAGGGAAGUCAGGCCUGCGCCAAAGGCUGUGAGCUAUGCUCAGAGGUCAACGGUUGCCUUAAGUGCUCCCCUAAGCUCUUCAUCCUGCUGGAGAGGAACGACAUCCGGCAGGUUGGAAUCUGCCUGCCAUCCUGCCCGCCUGGAUACUAUGAUGCCCGCAACCCUGAUAUGAACAAGUGUAUCAAAUGCAAGAUUGAGAACUGUGAGGCCUGCUUCAGCCACAAUUUUUGCACAAAAUGUAAGGAGGGCUUAUACCUUCACAAGGGCCGCUGUUACCCAGCCUGUCCUGAGGGCUCCUCAGCGGCCAACAGUACCAUGGAAUGCAGCAGUCCUGCACAAUGUGAAAUGAGUGAGUGGUCCCCGUGGGGGCCAUGCUCCAAGAAGAAGAAGCUCUGUGGUUUCCGGAGGGGUUCAGAAGAACGGACACGUCUUGUACUACAGGCUCCCUCUGGAGACCGUUCGAUCUGUCCUAGCACUAAGGAAACAAGGAGGUGUACAGUGCAGAAGAUUCCUUGUCCUGAUGGACAGAAGAGACGGAAGGAUGGGCAGGGCCGACGGGAGAAUGCCAAUGGGAACUUAAGCAGGAAAGAAAGCAAGGAAGCCCGCCUGGGCUCUCCUCGAAGGCGGAAGGGACAGCAGCAGCAGCAGCACUCUCCACCACAGCAUCGAGGGACCGAAGGUCCCAUCACACCAGCUGCCUAGGGACAACUCUAGGCCCUGGAAACAAGAAGCCAAUGCUGCUAUGUAUAUGAGGACUUUACUGAACUGGAGUACUGCUGCAAUACCUAUUCACACACAUGUACACAUUCAUGCACACAUGAGGCAUGUACAUGUAUGCAAACAUGGAUGCAUAAAAACACACCUAUUAAAAGGCAGGCAUGUACCCACAUGUUUCUACAGACAUAGCAUGUACAUACAGACAUAACUUAGACAUGCACACAUGUACAUAUCACCACCCACCUAGAAAAGGCAGAUGUGGGUCAUACCCAUGCUCAUACAGACAUAACUCAUGGACAUGCACACAUGUACAUACCACCACCUACCUAGAAAAGGCAGACAUGCAUUCACAAACCCAUUCUCAUUCAGACAUACCAUGUAUGUGCAGAUAUAACUCACAGACAUGCACAUACACACAUAAACUCGAAAAGGAAUGCAUAUGCAGACAUAUACACAUGGAUGCAUAUGCCUAUAAAAGACAAGCUGGCAUCCAGGUGUCUACACUGCAUAGACACACAUCCACAUCC